UUCGAUCAGGAAAGAAACAGAACGUUACGAUACAGGUAUUUGGAUACAAAUGGCGAAUCGCAACAGGACGAUCCGAGGAAAUCGGGAGAGGAAUAUCUGCGGUAUCUUAGCGCGAGCCCGAUCGCGACCGAUCGAAGCUACUUUACGUUAUGCGAUUCGAGGAACAAGUGUCUCGAUCGUCGUGAACAAAACUGGCAGAUGCAGCAACCCUUCUACGUCGAAGAGCCGAAUUGGAUUGAGAUCGAUAAAGAUUAUGUAGAAAGUCAACCGCUUCAGCGUUUGAAAACCACCGAUCCUUACGUUAUAUCGCGAGGUAAAAGGAUCGACGCAGGUUUCGAUCACUUGAAAGAGGAAUUGUUAAGGAAGUCGCAGAAUUUCGAUGUUUUUAUUCGAAAUCGUUUCAUUGAUAAGAAAAAUAAAAGGUUUUCCGACUUGAAAUUAAAAAAUGAAAAUUAUGACAAGGAUAACGACGAUGAUGAAAAUUACGAGGACAGGGAGGAGCAGAAAAGACAAAGGGCAGAGAAGAAUACGUCGCAAGAAAUUCGAAUUCGUCCAAAGAAAUUUCACUCAAUCAACGCGGAUCAUUUUGUUGAACAUUUUUCCGACCCUUUUUGCAUUAUCGUAGUCAACAAAGGUAUGCACAAAACGAAUCGGUGCUUUCCCAUUAUCAAACCCGUGCCUGCAUUGAUUGAUCUCCUACGAACGAGUGGACAAAACUUCCACUCGAGCGACAAAAUGGACGAUCAUCGAUUCGAGGACGGCAGUGCGUUAUUCGAAAGACCGAAAUCGAAACGAUUCGACUCAAACUUAUAUUCAAACUUUUAUCUUGCCGCGAAAGAAAUAUUGGAGCGACUGAUAGAAAAUUUAGAAUGCGAUUCGACGCGAUGCAGAAAUCAUUUUGGAAAAGCGAUAAAAAGAACGAAGCUCGGCGAAGGCCGAGGAAUGUUGGAGGAUUUAUUGAACAAGUCUGAUCCAUUUUACGUGGCGAGAGGUAAAAGAGUACCUUCACCUGUUAAUGAAUCAAUGAAUGCAAUCUACGGGAAUGAUCGAAAUCUUUGA